AUGGGAGCCACCCCUUUUCACCCCUCAAUCCUCAAGGUCCGGCUACCAAAAAACUUUGACAAGCCGACGGACAUGAGGUACGAUGGGACCAAGGACCCUCAGGAGCAUAUCACAGCUUUUGAAGCAAGGAUGAACUUGGAAGGGGUAGGCGACGCGGUAAGAUGCCAGGCGUUCCCCGAGACACUGGCCGGUCCAGCAAUUCGAUGGUUUAACGCUCUCCCACAAGGAUCCAUCACAGCUUUUGCAGACAUAUCCCAAAGCUUCCUAGCUCGGUUCACGAUGCGCAUAGCUAAGGCAGAACACCCAAUCAACUUAUUGGGGGUUACCCAAAAACCUGGGGAGCCGACUAGGAAGUUCCUAGAUAGGUUCAACGACGAGUGUUUGGAGAUCGACGGCCUUAUGGACUCAGUUGCUAGUCUAUGCCUAACAAACGGCUUGCUAAACGAAGACUUUUGGAAGCAACUCACAACCAAACCUGUAUGGACCAUGCAGAAAAUUCAAAGCGUGGCUAAGGAAUACAUCAAUGAUGAAGAGGUCAGUCAGGUUGUAGCAGCCAAUAAACGGCAGCUCCCUAACUCGUCAGCUCGGCAGGCCACUCAGGUCGACAGAUACAAAGAAGCUCCCAGGGAUGGCACCCUAAACAAGUUACCCAAGCAUCCACGGGUAGGAAGGUUCACGAACUACACGCCACUUACGGCGCCUAUAGUAGAAGUCUACCAACAAAUUGCAGACAUGGGAAUCCUGUCCAGACCUAGACCAUUGAAAGAGAGAACGGGAGGCAACAAAAGCCUUUACUGUGAUUACCACAAGGGAUUUGGUCACAAAACCCAAGACUGCUUCGACUUCAAAGAUGUCUUGGAACAGGCCAUCAAAGAGGGAAAGCUGAGCGAAUUCUCCCGGCUAAUCAGAGAACCGAGGAGGCGGGAAAGGGAACGCUCCGAGGAAGAACAGAGCCAAACUAUUAAACCAAGGUAA